GUGAAGCUCAGAGAGAGGCAUCUCACACCUCAGCACUGCAGACAUGACCUUCUCUCUCUCUCCACCAACUCCAUCAGCACUGUGAGGAGAAGGAGGAGCACAUGAAGCUGCAGCAAUGAGUUUACCACCAACAAACAAGAAGAAAAUAAAAAAAAACGCUUUUGGAGCUACAGCGCCACCAUUUAUCGACUACCUGAAGGAGAUUCUCAGACGCUACCCUGAUGGAGGACAGAUACUGAAGGAGUUGAUACAGAAUGCAGACGAUGCCAGAGCGUCAAAAACCGUAUUCAUCCACGACGAGAGACGAUACGGUACUGACAGCAUAUGGAGCCCUGCUUUAGGGAAGUAUCAAGGGCCAGCUCUCUACGCAUUUAAUGAUGCAGAAUUCACUGAAGAAGACUGGAAAGGAAUUCAACGAGCAGGACGAAGCAUCAAGCAUGACGAUCCAACCAAAGUGGGAAGAUUCGGGAUUGGCUUCAAUUCAGUUUACCAUGUUACAGAUUUGCCAUGUGUAUUUAGUUCCAAACAUCUUGCAAUUUUUGACCCUCAAAAGCUGAUGUUUGAUGAUGAACAAGAGGGCUACCGCUGGUCCCUGGAUGAUGAAGAGGACAGAAAUAAUCUUUUGGAAUAUGCAGAUCAAUUUAAACCGUUUCAGGAUAUUGUCAACCUACUCUGUGAUGGAAAUUGUGCAUGGGAAAAGGUCAUCAAUGAGUGUUAUUUCAAAGGAACACUUUUUCGGUUUCCCCUGCGUCAAGAGGCCUCAGAGAUUUCUGCUAAUUUAUAUGACUCCAGGAAAGCUACUCAGCUUUUUGACAGCUUCAUUCCAGAUGCAGACAUUAGUGUUCUGUUCCUGAGAUCAGUCACCUCCAUUUCUUUGCUGCAUAUUGACUCAAGUGGCAGUGUCACCAUUAGGAUGAAAGUUUCUUCAUCAUCUCCACCCAGCACUUUUCUGGAUUUUCAGGAAACUGAGGAUGUCAGACAAAACUGUGUUCAAGGCAAGACAAGCUUUAAAACAGUGACAUGUGGUUCAUCAAGUCAGGAAAAUACAACCAGCAAAUGGCUUGUCACAGCUUGUCAGUUAAUGGAAGGACGUGUACCUAAGAUUGACACACUUGCUGGCAAUCUAAGUUUUUACCCUCAGGUCGAUGUAGCAUUUCAGUGUGAUGAAGGCAGAGCAUGUGAUGGUGGACGACUGAGCUGCUUUCUGCCUCUUCCAAACAAUGAAACAAACAGGACAGGACUCCCUGUUCAUAUUAAUGCAUGCUUUGGUCUGACAGACAACCGAAGGUACAUCAAGUGGCAGGAAGAGGAUCAAAGGAAUGAUGAAUCUGCAGAAUGGAAUGAGCUGCUAAUUAAGGAGGUUCUUCCUUAUGUUUAUCUCAAGAUAAUCCAAGAUGCUAUUCAACUAUCAAAAAAGUCAAUGCUUCCUGUAGGCUCUGUGUACAAUCUUUGGCCUGAUCUGAGACAGACGGAACACAGGCCACAAUGGCAUAAAGUAACAGAAGACUUUUUUCAAAGACUAUUUAAAACUCAAGAAAUCUUUUCCCUAGCUAAAAAUGAGAAAAAAUGGGUGACGGCUUCAGAUGCUGUUUUUCCAAUUAAUGAUACUGACACUGAUAUAAUGUUUGCAGUUGUCCAGUUAUUGAUCGAGGAAGGGGAAAACCUUGUUACUGCUCCUGAACAUGUUCUGCUCAGCAUAAAUAAAACCUUCCCGAACCCUGACACUCUAAAAUGGGUGACACCAAGUUUUGUGAGAUCCGUGCUCCACAGAAGUGAGAUUAACUCCAUCAAUAGGGAUGAAAAACUGUCCAUCUUGGAGUAUGUGCUCAGUGAUGGGAAGUAUGAAGAACUAAAAGGUCUACAGCUUUUGCCACUCAGUGAUGGAAGUUUCAGGUCAUUCUCAAACCAGGAGGAGGACACUGCUUUAAUUGACAAUGAGAACUUUUCACGAGUGUUGCUGCCAUUUUGCAAAGACAAAUUUUUGCCUCAUGACCUGAGCAACACCACAGCCAAACAUCUAAGGGAAAUGGCCAUGACGAAUUCAAAAAUGUAUCGACUUAUUAAUUUAGAUGCAAACAAUGUCGCUGCAUUUGCCAAAAAACACAUACCCAGAGACUGGAAAGAGACUACAAGUCAUGUGAAGUGGAACUCUCUAAAAGAUGAUCAUCCACCAAAGACAUGGCUGAAAGAAUUCUGGAAGUUUUUGAACACUUACUGGACAGAUCUACGGGAAUUUAUUGGCAUGCCUUUAAUACCACUGGAACCUCUUCAACAAGUAGGCAGUACUGUAAUGUUAGCAAGAUUGGAGGAGAAAUCCACAUUGAUUUUCCAGUGCAGCAGAGAGUCCAUCCUGCCAGAUCAAAUUCAAAAAGUGGUGAAGGCAGUUGGUGGUUCUGUAAUUAAAAAAGAUGAGUGUCUGAAACAUCACGACAUUGGAAGUUAUGUCCUAAUGCCAUCCUCAAGAAACUUCCUGCAAAUUCUUUUAAAUGUGGACAAGGACAAGGUCAUCAGUGGCAUUGCCUCUGCUUCAAUUCAUGAAAAAGAAGAGUUUAAAAACUAUCUGUCUUCUUUGGACUGUAUCUCGGAUAUGGAGCAUUGUUUUUUGUCAGCUCUGCCCAUUUUCAGGUUGAUGUCUGAAACAUAUGUUGCCAUUGAAUCAAAACAAGCAGUUAUUUUAAAGUCCAAUCCAACUAUUCCAAAGGACUUACCUGUGCCUGACACCAUAGUUCAGUGUGCUAAUGAAGCUGACCGUAGGCUUUUGAUUCUUCUUGAGGUUGAUCUUCUGGAUGCUGCACAGUUAGCCAGUUACUUGGUAGACUGCAUUGAUAACAUGCAUUUCACUAAAGAGGAUGAACAAAAAACAAUGACUUGGAUAUUAAAUCAUGGACAUCUGCUGUUUUCUCAAAGUGAGGAAUUGCUCAGGAAAACCAAGAAUCUAAGUUUCAUUCUAACAGACCAGGGUGAACGCAAAAGACCAUCAAGUGUUUUCGAUCCCACAAACAAAACCUUUGUUGACCUUUUUGAGGAGGACUUCUUCCCACUAAAGAUUUACAGGUCAUCAGAGAUGCUACAAAGCUUGAAACAACUUGGUCUACAGACUAAAGAAGAUGAAUUAUCCCCAGCACAUGUACUCCAUGUUGCUUCACAAAUUCAAAAGCUCCAAAUUCACUCACGAAACAGGGCUUUUAAAAAGGCUGACGUUCUUGUAAGGGUAUUGAAUGGAAGUGACUUGCUCUCAAAAUUCUCAGAGGGGGACAGACUAAAGCUUCUUCAGUUGCAGUGGGUUCCUUGUGAAAAUUUUAAUUCAAUAAAAAGUAAAAACAGCCAGAAGAGGGGCUUCUACAAGCCAAUUGAAAUAAGAGCUUCAAAAUAUUCUGCAAUUGUAGGGCAUGUCAUGCCAAUUGCGUCAGACCUAAAUGAGAGUCUCUGUCAAAAACUUGACCUUUAUAGUUCUCCUCCAGCUGAAAAGGUUUUAGAGAAUCUGUAUGUACUGGCAUCAUUAGCUCCAACCAUGAUCAGUCCAGAUUCAGAUUAUGAGUUCAAAAACAAGCUACACAGCACAUAUCAAUUCAUGCAAGAAAACAUUGAACAGUUCAGAAAGGAGAUGAACAAUAAAUGCAUUCCUUGGCUCUGGAGCCAGACUGAGUUUGUGUCACCUCGAGAAGUAGUUCUCACGUAUCCAGCUGAACUAGAUCUUAGCCUUUACAUAAAGAAAGUGCCAGAUGAAUUUCUACAAUAUGACGUCCUGCUAAGAAAAUGUGGUGUAAAGGAAACACUUUCUGAUGAAGAAAUCGAAGCCAUACUCAGUGACAUUAAAGAAAACAUUGAUGACAGGACUCCACCUUAUGGGGACACCACUGAACUUAAAGUGUCAAUAGCCAUCCUUGACUGGAUGCGAAAAAAUGAAAAGUUUUUGAAGGACAGUACACCUGUACCAGUCAUGGCACAAAACCAAAAGUUCACCUUACAGCCUUUGAAAAAUACAGUUUUUUGUGAUAUCAGUGAUGAAGGGUUAGAUGACCUGAGACAAGAUAAAGAGGAGUUCUAUGUCAUCCAUGAGGAGGUGCUAUCUGUCACUGCAAAAUGGCUUAAGAUUCCUUUCCUAAGUACCCGUAUUUUGAAACCCCAGUUAAUCGGAGGUGAGGAAGAGCAUGAGGGGAUUGAGCAGUGCGGUCAAACAGAGCCAAUAACUCAAAGGAUCAAAAACAUCCUUAAAGAGUAUGAUGAUGAACGUGACAUCUUUAAAGAACUUAUACAAAAUGCUGAAGAUGCUGGUGCAAGUACAUGUGGGUUUAUGCUGGACUUCAGAUCACACCCUUCUGAAGGACUUAUUGAUGAUGGUAUGGCUCUAUGCAAUGGCCCCUGUCUGUGGGCAUUUAACAAUGAACUGUUCUCAGAGGAAGAUUGGAAAAACAUUGUUAGAGUUGGCUCUGCAUCAAAAGAAAACAAAUUUGAGAAAAUUGGAAAGUUUGGACUAGGAUUCAAUGCCGUUUACCACUUAACAGAUAUCCCAUCUAUUCUUAGUGGAAGAACACUUCUGAUUCUUGACCCAAAUGUAACACAUUUGGAAAAGCACAUACAUAACAAAUCAAAUCCUGGCAUUAAACUUGACUUGUUCCAAGAGAGACUGAUUAGGAGGUUUCCUGGACAGUUCAGAUCUUAUCAGGGGAUCUUUGGUUGUGAUCUGUUAAACACCAACCAGAACUAUUACAGUGGAACUCUGAUUAAACUACCCUUUCGCACAGCAGAGGAGGCCAACAAUUCAGAAAUUAGCUCCAAGGUGUAUGACAAAAAGCACAUAGAUGCAUUUCAGCAACACUUGGCAGAUGGUUCUCUAACUCCACUGUUAUUUCUUAAGCACAUAACGUCAUUGUCUCUUCAAACCCUUGAACAAGACAACAGCCCUUUGAACACUGAGACAGUUCUAAAAAUCAUCAAAGAGGUAAUAUGUUCAAUUAAAAUCUCAAAUGAAAGUCAUCUACAUAACAUCAGUGAAGCUUUAAAAAGUCUUGACACAAAGUGCCAUGACUUUGUUGAUUGUCUUGCUGCCAACAUUGUCAAAAUAAUUUGUGAGUGUGACAUGAGUACUUGUGCCAAGUACUGGCUUGUUUAUUCAUGUUUUGGAACAAAGGAUUCAUUUAGGAUGUUUCAGAGAGAAACGUAUGACAGGAAAUUUUCCUUACCAAUUGGAGGAGUUGCUGUACCUCUACAAAGAGAAUCAGACAAUAUGUGGUCCCCGGAUGAAAGAGGGAUAGUUAGCCAGGCUUUUUGUUUUCUUCCUCUUCCAAUUGAAACAGGCCUUCCAGUUCACAUCAAUGGAUCUUUUGCAGUCACAUCAAACAGAAAGGCUCUGUGGGAAACUGGUAAAAAAAUGGAGUGGAACAAAGCAUUACUCCAAGAUGCAGUUACCGCUUCCUACAUCACCACUCUGCUUGAACUGAAGAAAAUGGCUCAAAAUGGGAAUCUUAAAAACUAUGAUUACUACACAUUCUGGCCUGAUACUGAAAAAGUAAACAAAGCAUUUCAACCUUUGGUUAGUGCAUUUUACUCUGCCAUUGUACAGAGCUCAAAUGUCAGAUCUCUGGAACUCUUGAAUAAUGGGACAAAUUGGUGCUCUUUUGACAAUGCAAGAUUUCUUCAUCCAGUUAUUCAAGAAAACGAGGAAGUGGGAAAACUUGCCAUGGAGGUAUUCCUGAAAUACACAGAACCAAACUAUUGUCAUGUUAAUUUGCCAGCCUGGGCGAGAAAUAAUUUAAUGACUUGUGGCUUUACUGAGUUGAUAGAGGAGAGAACGUUUAGCUGGUCUGACUUUUAUCGAGUAGUUUUCAAGAACUUGAACGAAAUGGAUGCAAAAACCAGGAAUGAUCUCAUAUUGAAUGCCAUAGACUUAAAUGAUCAUGAGGUUGACAAAUUGCUAACAAACAAUGCAUGCUUUCCAACAAAGAAAGUAGGAACUCUUCAGUUCAUCCACAGACUGGUGUACCCUCAUGGUAAAGUAGCAUGCUUGUAUGGCCCAGAAGAGGGACGUUUUCUUGACGGAAAUAAUAAUGACUACUUUACUCCAGAAAGGCUUUUUCGACUGUCAGGCUUGGGGAUGUUGACUGAUGAACUCACAUUAGAGGAAGUUAUUGAGAGAACAAAGACAAUCCCCAAAGUUUGGGCUAAAGACAAAAAAAAAGCAUACAAACAUCUUCAGUGUCUAUUUGACUCAAUGAAAAAACACUGUCACAUUGAUUCAUUGCACUGGGAAACCCUAAAGCAUAUAUCAUUUCUUCCUGCUCUGGGAACCAAUCAACAAAAUGAAGUGGUGACAAUGCUGAAAAAGCCAUCUAAAAUCUAUGAUUCCCAGUGCUGCCACUUGGUGAACAUGACAGAAUUUACUGUUGAUCAGUCAAAUCUAGGCCUAAUCUCAGAUGACUCAGUUCUCAUAAAAUUGGGUGUGAUGAAGAACCCACCAAUUGAGACAGUACUCAGACAACUCAAAGAAGCACACCAUCGUGUAAAAUUAAUUGAAAAUUCCAUGCUCCUUAACAUUGCCAGAAGCUGUUAUGACUAUCUUAACAAAUAUUUAUUGGAUGAUGGUGAUUCCACUGCGAUUAUUGAACAUGCACAAUCAAUGCCAUUUGUUUUGAUUGAAAAUUGCUUUGUAAAUACACAAUCAGUGGCCAUGGGUGGUGAAUUUGAGGAAAAGCCAUACCUCUAUGUUCUUCCCACCAUCCUGUCCAAAUUUGAGAACCUUUGGAACUGUGUUGGCAUUAAAAGAAAGUUUGCAGCAGAACAAUUUGUUGCUGUGCUUAAAGAAAUUAGUACUUUUUCAAGACCAUUAUCAAAAAGAGAUCUUAAUGUCUGUCUUUCCAUACUUCUAAAGGGACUGUAUGGAACUGAAGAUGGAAUGUCUAAGGACUGUCUAAUACCUGACGAAAAAGGUGUGCUGACAAAUGCAAGCAAACUGAAAUUUAAUGACACUCCUUGGAUGCCAGCGGAAGCUGGAGUAAGAAUUUGCCAUGAACUAAUACCUCGAGAGGUUGCAUGCUAUUUUGGUGUAGAAACAACAAAACACCAUACAAUAAAGAUUCAUUUAGUUGGUGAGUUUCCACCCUUUGUUAAGGAGUUUGGACAACAGGAGAAAUUAACCAUGAGGAUAAAAAACAUAAUUGAAGCCUAUCCAGCCAAAAAAGAUAUCCUGAAAGAACUAAUUCAGAAUGCUGAUGAUGCAGAGGCAACAGAAAUCCACUUUAUAUGGGACAAACGAAAGCAUGGAACUACAAAAACAUUUGGAGAAAAGUGGGAGUUGCUUCAAGGCCCAGCACUUUGUGUGUACAACAACAAGAAAUUCUCAGAUGAAGACCUGAUUGGUGUUCAGCAAUUAGGAGAAGGAGGAAAACAUGGCACUUUGGGAAGAACUGGAAAAUAUGGUCUUGGAUUUAAUUCUGUUUACCAUCUGACUGACUGUCCCUCUAUAUUAUCUGGUGAUGAAUAUCUCUGCAUAUCAGAUCCAAACCUGAAAUAUGUGGAAGCUGGAACAAAGGAGUCACCAGGCUGCAAGUAUUUAAUGAAUGAAAAGUUUAAAAAGUCUUUUCAGGAUGUUUACCAGACCUUUCUUCCAGAAAAAUUUCCUCUUCAUUCUGGAACCAUGUUCAGACUUCCACUCAGGACAGAGGAAAUGGCAGCCAUAUCAGAAAUAUCGAUACGUGCAGUUAAGGAUUAUGACAUAAAUGAACUUUUCCUGGCUUUGACAACAGAUCCAGAGGAAUUUAUUCUAUUCUUAAAGCACAUCACAAAAAUUCACUUUCAUGAAAUUAACAAGGAUGGAAAUGAAGUCAAUCAUUUUUAUAUUGAGAAAAAAGUCACAGAGUGUACAUUGAAGGAAAGGGAAGAUUUUCAUAAUCAUGUUCGCAAUUGCCUCAAAUCUGGGAUAAUAAGGCCAUGCCAAGCUUUCUCUAGAGUUAUGAUCACAUCAGGUAAAAAAAAAAGCCAAUGGAUUAUUGCAGAGCAAUUUGGAUCACUUUUGCAAAAUCAAGAAGAAGCUACAUCCAGUGGUAAAGUACCUCAGGCAGCCCUGGCAGCUUGUUUGCACACAAAAUCUAUUGAAAAUAAAUUUCAUGGAAAGGCAUUUUGCUCUUUGCCAUUACCAGGAAAAACUGGUCUCCCUGUCCAUGUGAAUGGAAACUUUGAAGUGGAUCAUUCUAGGCGGGAUCUGUGGAAAGAAGAUGCUGAGAGCUUAAAAACCAAAUGGAAUCAAUCACUGCAAUUGAAGAUCAUUGCACCUCUGUAUGCUGAGCUCCUAAAAUAUAUAUGUACAAACCAUAAAAAGGGUGAACCCAAAAUGUUAACCCAUCUCAAAUCACAUCUGGACUUUUGCUUAAGCUUCUUUCCCUGUGUCUCAAGAGAUGUUAGUCAAGCUUGGCAUGAUAUGAUCAAUGAAGUCUACAGAAUAAUCAGUCGAUUAAACCUUCCAGUGAUACCAACUCUUAAAAGUGUUACAGACACCUCUUCGUAUCACUCUGAGAAAAAGUACACAUUUAACUGGUCAAGUGUUUCAAAGCCAAACUCAACAGAUUCACCUCAUUUUAUGGAAGACAGCCACGAUAGCAUUCUGCAAAUUUUAGAGGGGACUGGAAUGAACUUGGUACCGUUUUCAUGGGAAAUCAAAAAAAUCAUGGAGAAUUUCAAGAGUGCAGGUGUGAAUGUGGCUGAAGUUAGUCCUUUAUCAGUGAUCAAUUAUUUAAAGAAGAAGAGAAUGAAUGAGCCUUCACAAACUCCUAAUGACCUACCAUUACCCAUCAACCAGACACUAAUAAAAGAUUCACGAAGUUGUUUGACACUUUUGAAAUUUUGUCUAAGCAAUGUUAAAGAGUCAGAUAAGAUGUUAAUUGACCUUAAUGGACUACCUCUCCUCCUCACCAAUGAUCAGAUGUUGAGGAAGUUCAACUCUGAUUCUCCAAAGCUAUACUCAAUAUUUGCUGACAUUUUUCAGGAACACAAGUCCGAAUUUGCAAAAUGGUCAGUUAAUAGUAAACUUGCCACAAUUCUGCAAAAGGGAAAAUAUAUUGUGGAAUUAACCAUCCCAAUAGCAGCAAAGUUCAUUAGGCCAGUUCUUCAACAACAUCUUCAGCACUCACAGAUCAAUGAUGCAAAUGGGCUUCAUACAGCAGGAAAAGAAGCAAAAGAAUGGCUUAAGAAACUGUGGUCUUAUUUUGACCAUGAAGUCAAAAUGAAGGCUUUCCCAAAUGAAGAUACAAAUCAGGUCUUUAAUGAAAUAAGGAAACACUUCUCUGGCAGUCACAUUUUGCCUGUCAUUUAUCCAGAUCAAAAAGAAACAUGUUUUCUACAAAAACUUGGAAAUCUACAUACUAUUGUUCAUCCUUCACAAUACACGAAUCAAUCAGAACACAUUUCUGCCAUUCUCAUUAAACUGGGAUCCAUGACACUAGAUCGCAACUUCUUCCUUCAGCUUCGUGAUUUUUUGCACAACCAUGUCUAUCCAGAACUUUUAGAUACCAAAGACAGCGGGGCGGUACUUAAGCAGUUAGAUACAAUACCACAUUCACAGUUUGAGCUGCUUUCUGAUGAUGAAAGUGACGAACUUCAACGCUACCUACAAUCUGGCAUCAGCUACUCUAAAGAUACAAACGAAUAUCAGAGAAUGUUCAAAUCAUUGCCCUUGUUUCAGACAAUAUGUGGAAAGCGGCAAAGGAUCGAUUUUCACAGGGAUGUACUUAUUCUGAAUUCUGAAUUUAAAAAAAUAUUUUCAGGCUUGUACUCAUUUGAUCACAGCAACAGCAUUUUUCUCAAAUACAACCUUGUAAAUGAAAGCCUAUCAAAAUGCCUGAACAUUAAGAUUUUAAAUGACCUGGAGUACUGUGUCAAUUUCAUUAUUCCUUUUGUAAACAAGCUUAAACAAACCACGCUUCUUGAUUUAAUAAGGCUGUUAGUUGAACUGAGCCAAAAAAUUGACUAUGAAAAUUAUAAAGACAGGUUUGCCUCAGCCUUGAGAAAUAUAAAAUUUAUUCCUGACAUCAAUGGUUGUUUUCAAGUGGUCUCAUACUUCUUUGAUGACACUGUAAAGCUGUAUAAAGUUAUGCUUCCAAUGGAGAGGUUUGUUCCAAAUACCUUUUGGAAGCAAUUUCAAAAUAGUAAACAAGCACAAUCCCUCUUGAAGGACCUUGGACUAAAGCAUAAAGUAACUGAAGAGGAGGUUAUCAAUUUUGCUUUCCAAAUUGAAUCAGAUGCUAGGGGAAACACUGAACUGCAGCUUCUUAAAAACAGAUCAGCAUUGUUGCUCAGGACAGCACUUCGUUUGGGUGCAGAAAAACAAUCAAAAUUAAUGCAAAGAAUCGCAAUCAUAAAAUUUAUUUUCGCUGUUCAGAUUGAGCCAAAACUGUGUGCUUAUCACAAAGCACUUGCACAAGAAAGGGACGUGGUUGCCAUCAAAGGAUCACUUCUUGGAAGGGACCUUAAUCUUCAAUAUCUCAUAUGGACUGUCAUGCCAAUACUGGCAUCAAGGGAUUUUACUACAAAAGAGUUAGAUACCCUCAGGAAGGUUGGUGCCUUGGAUGAACCAUCAUCAGAGCAGGUCAUGCAGAACCUAAAAAAUAUCUUUAGUUCUCAAUGCAGAACAGAAGAGUUGGUAGAGACAAGAGCUACAGUGUUUAAAAACUCAUAUGCCUACCUCCAAUCUGUAUGUUUUAAUGAAUCUUUUUUGGCAGAUCUCCCUCUUGUUCUUGUUGAAAAUGACAAAAAUCUUCUGAAAGCUAGUCAAGUAGUCCUGACACUACCAUCUGCUAAUGAGUUUAGGCCAUACCUUUACCCCAUACAAUCAAAACAUGCAAUGUUUGCAGACUUUUUCAAGAAGAUUGGCGUUGAAGAAAAGCCUACUGUCAUGCAAUUAUGCAUUGUACUCAAGGAAAUCUAUACAGAGUGCUGUGAUAAGACAACAAUUCAACCAAACCAGCUGGUAACUGUUCAGCGUGUUGUGCAGCAGCUUUUCUGUCUGUUAAAAGAGCAGGGAAAUAUAAUUCCUCUUCAAAAAAUAUCACUAUACCUCCCAUCAACAGAUGGAAGACUCUAUGAAUCCAGCACAUUGUUUUUUAAUGACACUUUUUUUCAGGCCAACAGGCUGGAGGAAUCACUAAAAACAAAGCUGAAGCUACUUGUAAAAUUGAAACAGUGUCACCUUGAAGAUGACCCCUAUGAGCAUCAAAAGCUGUUGCAGUUGCUUCCUAAACAAGUGCGUCCCAAUCUGCUUUCUCGAGUCAUUUCUGUAAACCUGGUUAGUGAAAAUGUGGAAGAUUGCGAUUAUGGCCAGUCAUGUGAAUUGAGCAGUUGGUUUCAUAAACAUCUUUCCUCUCAUGAGUUCUAUCAUGGUCUUAUGUGUCUAAUUAGAGAACAAAGCAAGGGAACCAUUUCACAGAAUGAAGCUGCAGACUUGUGUGAAAGAACAUUUGGUAAAAUUAAAAUCAUCUGUUGCAAGGCUUUACACACUCAACUUUUGUUAAAUCUCCAGCCACUGCAAGGUACUGAGACAGAAACUCAGGUUUAUGUAAAUAAGCAGCAAGAUGAAUGUGUUUUCUAUCUAAAGCACAAUGAUAACAUGACUCCCAAAGUGGUGAAUGAGGUCAACAUGUACCUUAUCAAAGAAAUCAACGCUCUUCUGGAAAACAGUUUAAAUUCAUUAUGCCUACUAGUCCUUGGACAAGUUCUAUUAUGUGAAAACAUGAAGGACGUUGAAGCAGUCCUGGAACAAAAUGGAAUUCGUAACACUGUAAGUGAUGAAUCGGGACUUGGUUCCCUUCCAAAUCCUGGAAGUCCCAUACCAGAGGAAUGGCAUGAUUUCCUUGAUAUGGACCCCCUGAACAGUUUUGAAAAAGGAGAGUAUGUUGGGUUUAGUAAUGAUGAAUUGGAAAAUGAAUUUGUUUUUGCCAUAGUUGUGGAGUGUCUGGAUGAGCAUCAAGGACAGGUCAGGCAAAAUCCUUCAAGAUAUAGAAUACAAAUUGGAAACGAAAAGUUAAUUGAAGUUAGUUCUCUUGAUCUUUAUCAGUUUAAGAGAGAAAAAAGACCAUCUACAGUUGGAAAUGUUACCAGCACAGAUAUAGACAUUUUGCCUGUACUUUCGCAGGCUGAAUCUUCACGUUCUAUACCAUCACAGGCUAAGCCUUCUCAGCCUAGACCAACCUCAAAGAAGCCCUUACCUCGGACUUUGGGGGAGGUUAAAACAGAGAUUGAUGAGAGUUUGGGACAGAUCUGGAAGAUGUCAAACGAGGACAAAACAAAGGCUAUUAGACGUCUGUACUUAAGGUGGCAUCCAGACAAGAACCCAGACAACACAGAGCUUGCUAAUGAAGCAUUUAAAUAUUUACAGAACAGAAUUGUAGAGCUACAGCAAGGAAAGACCAAACACAAAACAUCAACUGAGCCAAACACAACACAUGGGCCAGACUUCAGAGACUACUAUCAUAGUUGGAACUUCCAGGCUGGGUGUCACAAAAAGGGACGGGAGCGAUUCUAUCAGAAAAAUUACAGACAGCAAUAUAAUUCUUGGUCACAUUUCAAAGAAGCGCCAAGACCAAACAAAGAGGAAGCUAAGCGGUGGUACAGACAAGCCCAGUGUGAUCUUCUUGCUUCUCAGAGUGACAUUGAACACAAUGCAAGCCCAGAGUGGUGUCUAUUUAAAGUGCAUCAGGCCGUGGAAAAAGCUCUAAUAGCUACAGAAUUCAGAAGGAAUGGACAGCAUCCUGGGACUGCAUCUACCAUUACAGGCUUGGCCCUGAAGAUAUCACAGUAUGCUAGCUACCUUCAUGAUUUGCCCCAUGUUGUGAAUCAGCUGAGGGCACUUGGUGUUGAAGCCAAGAGAACUCAAUAUCCAAACUACCACCCAUCUCCCCACAUUCCUAACGAACAGUUCAAAAUUGAAGAUGCACAAAAAGCAGUGAAGAUAGCAACACAGCUAAUGCUGAAACUGGAAUGCUAUAUUACUGAUUAAUUUAAUCAUGUUUUAAUAUAUAAAUAUGUUUUUGGUAUCCUGAGCAAUUUUCUUGUACAUUAUUCAUUAUUUUUACUCACUGAAUGUUGAUGUAACUAUGCAGACUAAUACUUUUACAGAACUAUUUAAAGUUUACUACUGUGAUAAAACUCUUUUCAUUCAGCCCUAGAUAAUACUUAAUAUGUUUAACAUGGCACUAUCUCUUUUAAGUUCUAGUAUAACAGAAAAUAGUAAAAAGCUAGAAUUAAAAAUGAAACGUAAAAGUCUUGUGUAGAUCUUAUAUUGCAUAAAGAAUAAAAACAAAUUAAAAUUG